UUAAAAUAAAUAAAUAAAUAAAAUCUGGUGCUGUAAACUGUAUUUCCUACAUCAAAUCACACAGGUAUUUUGGGAAUAACAUAUUAAGCAAUUACUUGGAUUUAACCCUAGGAUUAAAGCAAUACACUUCAACUUUUAUUUGUCCUUUUGGAAUUUUUCAUUUGAAAACGCCCCUAGUGGCUAAACAAUUGAUGGCCUGUUUAGCAAAUGACAAUUUCUCAACUUUGUUUACCGCUAAUUUAGCUUCUGAUGUAAAGUAACUGCGAGCUAAAUAAUAUUAGCAUGUGUCACUCUUAAACACUAACAAUUUUCCAUUAGUCCUAUCUUUCACACCUAAGGUCAUUCAGAAUGCGUGUCUUUAAUGAAAUAAUCAUUAGCUAACUAAAUCUCAUCUAAUAAAAUGUAAAUUUGAAACAAUGGAUUUGAAAUAGAUUCAAUAUGGAAAACAAAGUUACAUGAGAAUUGUUCGUAUAUCUGUGAAGACCAUUCUAAACCUCGCAGAAUCGAAUGUCUAUGCCUGGGGCAACUAGCUUAUUUUAUAAAGCAAAGAGCUUUGGCCGGAAGUGAGGAAAGCAAAAGAUUUUUUUUCCUACGAAAAAUGACUGACGUCCUGAUAAGGAAACUGGAGUGGAUAAUAACUAGCAACCCUUCAAACCCAGGUCCUUCCUGAGGAUGCUUCUCAACACCCCUGCAACUUGUCAGUGUACCUCAGAGACUAUUCUAGGCGGAGAUUAAAUUCUUCUUUGGCCCUUAAUAUACUGGAAACAAGUUGGUGAGGUCAGGUGUCGAGUUGAGAAGGGACCCAAAUCGAGGAGUUCCAGGUUUCAGGGCUGGUAAAGGUAAAAGAUGCGCCUCAGUAAAGGCACGGGCACAGCAAUGUGCAGUGUAGUUCUUUAGCAAAACUUCCUCAAGCAUUCAGCAGGCUGACAUCAUGCCUUAGGUUAGUCCUGCCACAGGGAUGAAGAGGAAGUUGGACUCCAGGUGCAUGCAGAUCAAAGGACCAUAGUGAAGAACCGACAAUAUAGAUUCUUAAGCCUUGCUUGAAGGCACUGCUCCAAGAACCGUGCCGGAGCUGUACUAAGUAUGGAAGAAAGGUAAUUAUUACACUGUUGGCAGUGAAAUUACACUUGGAACUGUUUAACAUAAGUCAUUAGGGCCUCUCUAGCUCUGGGGACCUUCUACUUCACGGACUCCAAUUUCAAGGAAAAGGUCCUCGGUAAAAAAAGAAUACGCACCGGUAAGAACCAGGACUGGACUUCAAUUCCCAGAAGCCAUCGGUAGCCAUCGGCAUCCGGGACACCGUCUGUAGGGAUCCCUGGGUAUUGUGGUCCUAUGCUUUGCCAGUAACCCUCUGCCGACGGUAAAAUUCCCGCUGAACAGAGGACCACAACUCCCGGCAGCCCUUGCUGCCUUGUGGGGGGUCUUCACGUUCCCGUGGCGCGGCGCAGGCGCACUGGGCCCUCGGCGCGGACCGCGCAGACUGAAUAAUAAAAGGGGAGCGGCGAAGAGGCAGGAAGACAGGACCAUGUCGAAGGGCCCCGGGCCCGGCGGCUCCGCAGCUUCCUCGGCGCCCCCGGCCGCUACCGCUCAGGUGCUGCAGGCACAGCCCGAGAAACCGCAGCACUACACGUACCUGAAGGAAUUCCGCACGGAGCAGUGUCCACUCUUUGUGCAACACAAAUGCACACAGCAUCGGCCCUACACCUGCUUCCAUUGGCAUUUUGUGAACCAGCGGCGCCGCAGGUCCAUCCGCCGUCGGGACGGCACCUUCAACUACAGUCCUGACGUCUACUGCACCAAGUACGACGAGGCUACAGGCCUCUGCCCGGAGGGCGACGAGUGUCCAUUCCUGCACAGGACUACAGGGGACACUGAGCGCAGGUACCACCUUCGUUACUAUAAAACUGGAAUCUGUAUCCACGAGACAGACUCAAAAGGCAACUGCACCAAAAACGGCCUGCACUGCGCUUUUGCCCACGGGCCCCAUGACCUCCGCUCCCCUGUCUACGACAUCAGGGAGCUCCAGGCCAUGGAGGCCUUGCAGAAUGGCCAGACCACAGUAGAGGGCAGUAUAGAGGGCCCGUCAGCUGGGGCCGCGAGCCAUGCCAUGAUAGAAAAAAUCCUCAGUGAAGAACCUCGAUGGCAAGAGACCGCUUAUGUGCUGGGGAACUAUAAGACGGAGCCUUGCAAGAAGCCCCCGCGGCUGUGCCGCCAAGGCUAUGCCUGUCCCUACUACCACAACAGCAAGGACCGGCGGCGGAGUCCCCGGAAGCACAAAUACAGGUCAUCUCCAUGUCCAAACGUCAAGCACGGGGAUGAGUGGGGAGACCCCGGCAAGUGUGAGAACGGGGAUGCCUGCCAGUAUUGCCACACCCGCACGGAGCAGCAGUUCCACCCAGAGAUCUACAAAUCCACCAAGUGCAACGACAUGCAGCAGUCGGGCAGCUGUCCCCGAGGACCUUUCUGCGCCUUUGCCCACGUAGAACAGCCAUCCCUAAGUGAUGACCUACAGCCUUCCUCAGCUGUAUCCAGCCCCACCCAGCCGGGUCCCGUCUUAUACAUGCCAUCUGCUGCCGGAGACUCGGUGCCUGUGAGCCCCUCCAGCCCGCAUGCCCCCGACCUCAGUGCUCUCCUCUGUAGAAAUACCAGUCUGGGCAGCCCAUCUAACCUCUGUGGCUCCCCACCGGGCUCCGUUAGGAAGCCCCUCAACCUGGAGGGCAUUGUCUUCCCUGGAGAGUCUGGUCUGGCCCCUGGAAGCUAUAAGAAGGCUCCUGGUUUUGAGAGGGAAGACCAAGUAGGAGCGGAGUACCUGAAAAACUUCAAAUGCCAGGCUAAAUUAAAGCCCCACUCACUAGAGCCAAGAAGUCAAGAGCAGCCGCUGCUUCAGCCCAAACAGGACGUGCUGGGCAUCCUCCCCACGGGCAGCCCCCUGACCUCAAGCAUCUCUUCUAGUAUCACCUCCAGCCUGGCAGCUACUCCCCCUAGCCCUGUGGGCACCAGCAGCAUCCCUGGCAUGAACGCAAAUGCUCUGCCCUUCUACCCCACCAGCGACACGGUAGAGUCGGUCAUAGAAUCCGCUUUGGAUGAUCUGGACCUGAAUGAGUUUGGGGUGGCCGCCCUGGAGAAGACUUUUGAUAACAGCACUGUGCCCCACCCAGGCAGCAUCACAAUUGGCGGCAGCUUGCUGCAGAGCUCUGCACCCGUGAAUAUCCCUGGCUCCCUGGGCAGCUCUGCCUCCUUCCAUUCAGCAUCCCCGUCCCCUCCUGUCAGCCUCUCCUCACAUUUCCUGCAGCAGCCGCAGGGCCACCCGAGCCAGUCAGAAAACACAUUUUUGGGGACUUCUGCCUCACAUGGAUCUUUAGGUCUAAACGGGAUGAACAGCAGCAUCUGGGAGCAUUUUGCCUCUGGAAGCUUCUCCCCGGGUACUUCCCCUGCUUUCCUGUCAGGGCCAGGGGCUACUGAGCUGGCCCGGCUUCGGCAAGAGUUAGAUGAAGCCAAUGGCACCAUCAAGCAGUGGGAGGAGUCCUGGAAGCAGGCCAAGCAGGCUUGUGAUGCCUGGAAGAAAGAGGCAGAAGAGGCUGGUGAGCGGGCCAGUGCAGCUGGCGCCGAGUGUGAGCUGGCCCGGGAGCAGCGGGAUGCACUGGAGGUGCAAGUGAAGAAGCUCCAAGAGGAGCUGGAGAGGCUGCACUCAGGACCGGACCCCCAGGCCCUGUCCACGUUCCCCAAUCUGGAGGCACUCUCACUCUCCACCCUCUACUCCCUCCAGAAGCAGCUGCGGGCCCACCUGGAGCAAGUGGACAAGGCUGUGUUCCACAUGCAGUCGGUGAAAUGCCUUAAGUGUCAGGAGCAGAACCGGGCAGUGCUGCCAUGCCAACAUGCCGUGCUGUGCGAGCUCUGUGCCGAGGGCAGCGAGUGCCCCGUCUGCCAACCCGGCCGGGCCCAUCCACUCCAGUCGUGACCCUGCAAGCCUGGCCCAGCCUGGCCCAGAUCUUCUCACCUAGGACUUUUUAAAGUAUAUAUAUAUAUAUAUAUGUAUGUAUGUAUGUAUGUAUGUAUGUAUGUAUAUGUAUAUGAUUAUGUACAUGUAUACGUAUAUGUAUACAUUUCCGUGUGUGUGCAGGUAUGUGUGGGUGGUGUGAACAGUGUCUGUGUGUAUAUCUCUACAUAGAUAUAGACACACACUUUAAAAGACUUACCAAGCACUUUUUAAAAAGAAAAAACUAUUUUGCAGUCCUCCCCUGCCCACACCCAACCCUUCCCACAGCAGAGACAAAAUCCCCUCUUCUCCCACUGGUCUUUUUGCAAAGAAUCUGUUUCUGUCUUUUUUAAUGUAGGAACUAACUAUUUUUAACUUCCUGGGGCCUGAGCAGGGAAGGGUGAGAAGCUGGAAGGGACUGACGGGAGAGAAGCCUUCAUGACAGGCCCUGCUCUCCCAUUCUCCCCAGGGCAUGGGGCAUGAAGGGCUUAGGACCCUCAGGACAGACCCAGUCAGCAGCUAUGAUGGCCUCAGGGAGGCCCUGAGGGGUAUGCUGGGGUCCGAGCCAGCCUAGCUCCUAGUUUUACCAAAUGCGUAGUCCUAGGGGAAACAGCAGGGGCUGGUGGGCCAACGCUGCAGGGCCAGCCCCACUCCUGACGUCUGGGCCCUUGAAGCUCCUUGAGGGGCAAGGCCCAGGAGCUCCAUCCCUCAGGUUCCUGAGGCCUGUGGUCCCUCUCAGUUCUCUUAACCCCUGGACUCCCUAGAACAGCCUCCCUGGCCCCAAGGCCACCUUCCAGGCCAGCACUCCCUCUCUAUGACCCCCCCCUCCCAGCUGUCCUCAGCUGUUCCUGCCCCCUGCCCUCUGGCACGGCUUGGCCUACCGUGCUGUCCGCCCCCUCCCUCUGGCAGCUAGCAGGGCAUUUGGUGGGGAGGAGUGCAGACUGAGGACCAAGGGGGGGCCCAGGCCCUGCCUUCCUUACCAGGACAGGCUCCGUAUGCAUUCCUUGGUGCUCUCUGAGUGCAGCUGAUGUCCUGCCCCUAUUCUGGGCAGAUGCCUGUGUGCAUGUGUGUGCGUGCCUGUCCAAUGUAUAUUGUGUCUUAGCUUCCAUUUUAAAAAUUGUUCUGUACAGAAAGAAAUGCAGCAGGGGCGGGCGGGCAGAGCAGACAGAGGGCAGCGAGCAGCGACCCCACUCCCAGCACCGGGUGUCUGGGGUAGGAGCAAGAGGGCUGCAGAGGGUCUGGCCCCUGACCCCAGCCAAGGCCCCUCCUUGGGCUCAGCACGAAAGGGCUUACAAUGAAUUAAGUGAAAACUUUUUCCUUUUUUACAAAAAUGCAAAAAUCAACAAAGCUCCAAACCUAUUGGAAAUAAAAUAUGAACUUGCA